GCAAUUGAGCAUGUGUGCUUCUUUCUCUUCCCCUCUGGAUGCAGGAGGAAUCCUGGGACGCGAUUGCUGCCUUUCUGGCUUGUCUCCUAUCCCCCUCCCUUUUGGCAUCACAAGGAGAGGAGAGAGGGGGGGGGGGGAGAGGUUGACCCUCUGUUUCCCUGAUCAAUUGCUGAGUAUUUGAUUUGAAGGAGUCUCCUCCCCUUUCGACACCCGCCUCCUUUGCGAUCGUGUGAAAGCCAGCCAGGCAGCAGGGAAGAUAAUCUAUUCAGCUGAAGGCAGAGAAGAAGACAAGGAGGAGAGAUGUUCAAAACAAAAUUGGGAAAGAAGGUCUGGAGAAGAACAAAUGGACAGUUCUGCCCAGAGUCAACCUUGAUAUAAGGUAGACGGAGCUGGCUCUCUCAGAUGGAAGGUUUGAGGCAUCAUGAAAUGAUUGCAAAUGGAGUGCUGUUGGGCCUAUCAAGUUGAGUGUUACUAGCAAGAGAAGUGCAUUGCCUAGCCAAGUGAGUUUUCAUCAAGCUAGGAAUUCCCUGGGCUUUGUUGCUGAGGAGGUGGAUUCUGCUUUAAAGCAACUCCAAGGAGCGAGACUCACGUGAAACGCUGAUUCAGCUGGAGGCUGUUUAUGGCCCUUAUUUCCUCUAGGUUUUAAUGUGUGAUGCCCCAGCAUCGUUAACAUAGAGACCUUCCUAAAUCUUAGUUAACAGGCAAGACAGUUUGAGCCCAGUCAUGGAUGACUAUGAUAUCAGGUCCGCUGCCAGCAUUUUGGCAUCCGUUAAAGAGCAAGAGGCUCGUUUUGAGCGGCUCACCCGGGCCCUUGAAGAAGAGCGGCGCAAUGUCUCCCUGCAACUCGAACGCGCCAAUCAGCCCUCGGACCGUGUGAGCAUGUGCAACAUUGGCAGCGGCCAGCCCCUGGCGACUGCCUGGCAGCAGCUGGUCCUGCAGGAGCAGAGCCCCAGCAACCAGACGUCGAUAGCAAUGAUGCAGGAGCCCCAAGAAAUGGUUGAAGAAACUGUGACUGUGGAAGAAGAUCCAGGCACCCCUACGUCCCAUGUUUCUAUUGUGACUUCGGAAGAUGGGACCACAAGGAGGACUGAGACUAAGGUGACUAAAAUGGUCAAAACUGUCACAACUAGGACUGUGCGCCAAGUGCCACUUGGACCUGACGGCCUCCCUGUGAUGGAUGGAUCGUCUCCCAUGGGCAGUUACACCGACUCUAUAGACAGACGGCACAUGAAGAAUGGGGAGCGAUACAUCACACCACAGGCUUCUUCGACCUUGACCCGAUCUUACAACAGCUAUAAUGACUCCUAUCCAGACAGUCAUGAUGGCCAGUAUCGCCCUUUUGUUAGCCACGAUGGUUAUGGAGACCUCUCUGACAACUAUGGUAGCUUGUCCCGUGGCAUAAAUUACCGUCCACGUUAUGCCUACGUCCCGGGGAACAAUUACCGGCCAGAGGAUGGUAGUUUCACGUUGCCAAGCAGAAGGGACAACUACGGCCCACUGCCCCAACCUCAGGUGCCAACAGGGAGCAAUGCAGACUUGAACCGCUCCCAGCCAGAACGAUUCCAGCCAGAGCCAUAUGGCCUUGAAGAUGAUAACCGCAGCCUUGGGGUCGAUGAUGAGGGCUAUGAGCUUGAUCCAGAAUACUCAACAGUGAACCGCAGGACAUCGGCUGGGAUGCCUGAGAGAGGAAGGCCUCACAAAGGAAGCAGGGGCUAUGAUGACCCUAUUGAGACUGAGAUUGUUGACGAGAGAAUCCCAUACUUGCAUGGCAGUUACGCAGCGCCUCUGGCACAGCCUGAAAGAGGGAGCAUGGCGAGCAUUGACCGCCUGGGCAAGCGCUCACCUUCGAUCGAUAGCAUCCGCAAAGACCCCCGGUGGCGGGACCCCGACCUCCCCGAAGUCAUUGCCAUGCUCAGCCACCCCAUUGAUCCCGUCAAGUCCAAUGCAGCAGCGUACCUCCAGCACCUCUGCUACGAGAACGAUAAAAUUAAGAAGGAUGUGCGGCAUCUCAAGGGGAUCCCAAUCCUGGUGAGCCUGCUAGACCAUCCAAAGCCGGAGGUGCACCGCAAAGCAUGUGGAGCUCUCAGAAACAUAUCGUAUGGGAAGGAUAAUGAGAACAAAGUGGCAAUAAAGAAUUGUGAUGGGAUCCCAGCUUUGAUCAGGUUAUUGCGGAAGACAAAUGACAUGGAAGUGCGGGAGCUCAUUACAGGUACCCUUUGGAAUCUUUCCUCCUAUGAGCCACUCAAAAUGGUGAUCAUUAACCACGGUCUUCAGACACUGACUAAUGAAGUAAUCAUUCCCCAUUCUGGCUGGGAGAAUGAGCCCAAUGAAGAUUCGAAGCCUCGAGAUGCUGAGUGGACAACUGUCUUCAAGAACACAUCGGGAUGUCUCAGGAACGUCAGUUCGGAUGGAGCUGAAGCCCGCAGGAGACUCCGAGAAUGCGACGGCUUGGUAGAUGCCCUCCUUCACGCUCUGCAGUCUGCGGUGGGCAAGAAGGACACUGAUAAUAAGUCGGUGGAGAACUGUGUGUGCAUCAUGAGGAACCUCUCGUACCACGUCCACAAGGAAGUCCCAGGAGCGGACAAGUACCAGGAACUUGACGCCAGCUACCUUGGAGGCCUCGGGGGGACCCACAAGAAGAAGAAAGAUGAUGCUGGCUGCUUUGGUGGGAAGAAGGCCAAAGAGGAGUGGUUCAAUCAAGGCAAGAAGAACAGUGAUGCGGACAGGAACUUUGAUACACUGGAUCUGCCGAAGCGCUCUGAAUCAGCAAAAGGCUUUGAAUUGCUCUACCAACCAGAGGUGGUACGGCUUUACCUGUCCAUUCUCACAGAAAGUCAGAAUUUCAACACUCUGGAAGCAGCAGCUGGUGCUUUGCAGAACCUCAGUGCUGGAAACUGGACAUGGUCUACCUACAUCCGGGCAACUGUGCGAAAGGAGAGAGGCCUCCCGGUCCUUGUAGAGCUCCUGCAGUCAGAUUCCGACAAGGUAGUGAGAGCUGUCUCUAUCGCUCUGAGGAACCUCUCCAUGGAUCGUCGCAACAAGGACCUCAUAGGUAGCUAUGCCAUGGGCGAGCUGGUAAGAAAUUUGCCUAGCAGGCAGCAGAGAUCAUCGAAAAACUUGGAAGAGGAUACCGUGGUUGCAGUCCUGAACACCAUUCAUGAAAUCAUUACCGACAGCUCCGAAAAUGCCAGGUCCUUGAUCCAGACGCAAGGCAUUCAGAAGCUAAUUGCUAUCAGCAAAUCGAGCAGCCAGUCCUCCAGGGAAACCAAGGCAGCCUCUCAUGUCCUUCAGAUGACCUGGAGUUACAAAGAGCUGCGGAGUGUUUUGCAGAAGGAAGGCUGGAGCAAAUCCCAUUUCCAGUCUGGCUCUGCUACUCCUAAGGGAUCCAAAGGUACCUCUUGCAAAUCAGGCUACGAUGACAGCACUCUGCCUCUUGUGGAUAAAAGUCAAGAUAAUGAGAAGACCGGAAGUCGGGAUAUGAUUCCUAUGGACGAACUCGGUCCAGAUGGCUACUCCACCAUUGAUCACCGUGAAAAGGAGCGCAAGUACAAGGCUAACGACAACAUGGGAGAUGCAUCCGAGAAGGAACCACUGAAAAAUGACACAAGUAGGAAAACCAUAAACAGGAGCAAUAGGGCUUCAGUGACUCUGGUGGAUGCCCGUGAUCCUAAACCCCAGCCUGUUGACUCCUGGGUCUAAUUUGCAUGCAUGGGCUAAGGUCCAGCUGCUUGUUUUAUUCUUCUUAUUUUUUUCCUCAACUUCAACGAAGACUCAACUCACACAGGAUCUCAUUCAACCAUCACUGCCAUUCAGAUUCAGAGGGCCUUGACAUUUUGCAUCGAUGGAAGCCACCGGGCGGCAGAUCUCUAUGCAGGCGGGGGACCAGGGGCCGGGGGACCGAAGCAUCAGCUGGUCCUGGAGCGGCAUCCUUAGAGUAGGGACUCUUCUGCCUUGGGAGGACCGACCAGAUUCCCACCCACCUCCCUCUGCCCUUUCCACUUCCCAUCGGAGGAUUCGGAAAGACAAGCUUACGUCAAACGAACGGUUCCUGUUCUGAGCCGACUCUUCUAUGCGGAUGUUGCCAAGUUAGGGGAUGAAGGUCAUGAGAUGGGGAAGAGGAAGUCGAAGAAGACAAAGACGUCAUGUGUGAAAGAAGAAGGAAAAAAAACCCCUACCGAUACUCCAAGUAUACUUUUGGUACGGUCAUUUAAACUAGCACUUUUUCCUCCCCUCCCUCCCCCCUUCCCCCGCCUUUUGAACUGUGAAUUUUUCAAGGAAAAAAAAUGGCAAUGAUAAUACUUUCUUUUUUUUUCUUUUUUGUGGCCUAUUGUGGAGGUUUUAUUCUUUGAUCUAUGGGAAACGUAGAACUGUUGAGCUGAGUUUGAUGGAUUUUGAUGAAAGGAGGAAAAAAGAAAAAAAACAUAAUCUUGGUUGACUGACUUGGAAAAAAAGGUGGAAGAUGGAAUUGACGUGGGCUGUAUAAUCUGCUUUUGAAGUAAGCGAUACCACACUGUGCUCUCUCUAUAUUGUCAUUGGUGUACAAUUCAUCUGCCUUUUGACUUCUGUAAUGGCUCGUUUCUAUUUCCAAACAUAUACAAUGCUUUCUUUGAGGUUUUGCUGUCCUCGUUCAGAAAAAGAGAAGAAAAAGAAAACCUCAAACUCGAUCCAGUUGACUUUUGUUGUUAGCAGUGUUCAUAACAAGUGCGCCUUUUGAUUUUUCAACCUGUUGAUGUUGGGUUGAUAGUGAUUUAAUGGUCAGCAUCAUAGGCUUCCCCCCACCCUGCUCCCAUAGAUAGCAACAGCUUUCAAUUCAAGUGGGAUCUUCCUCACAAGGAAGAUAUGCGUCGGAUGCGGCACAAACCUCAGGUGUAUCUGUUGGUUUUGCUGGUUGAAAAAAAAGAGGGAAAACCCCAACCUACUACUGGAUCCCAUCUGUGAUCUUUGGAUACGCUUUCAGUAGACCACUUUAAAGGGAACUGUCAUCUUUCUUACUUACUUCCUUUCUCUUUUUUAAAGCCACCAGUUUGUGGAUAGCUUAGAAUAGGGAUGGCAAUUACACAGCCUUCCAAAGACUGUUGGACUGCAAAGCCCAGAAUUCCUGUUGGGAGUUGCAGUCCAGUAACAUUGGGAGGGCCACAUGAUUCCCAUCCCUAGUUUAGGAUGCAAUCCUAUAUGCCUUUAUCUGGAAGUAAGUCCCAGAACUUCACUUCCACGUAAACAUGCUUAGGAUUCUACUUUUAGCCUGUAAUUUGGGUUGUAGGUGUCCUAUUUAUAUGGCAUCCUAUUUAUGUGCAAAGCCUUAUCUAAGAUUUCUCGUUGUCGUAUGGGUUUAGAGCAAGAUGUUUGCCAUUGGUGCAUAUAACCAUAUCCCCAUAUACUGUAUACAGUAAUGCUUUGUGCUUUAACCGCAUUAAUUUCUUCGGGGUUUCUAGACAGAAAAUGCAAGCAGGACUCUAAAUUUCUAAUUCAACUGACAUUUGCGCUCUCGCUCUCUCUCUCAUUUGGUCAAGUUAGUUGGUUGCCAUAUUAAACUGUGUGAUUGGAAAGCACAUUCUUUUGUCAAAAUCCAGCAAAUUUAAUUUGGGGGAAUCUCAGUGCCUGCUCUUUCCUUUGUGAUUUAAAAUGAAGCGGGGUUGGGGGGGUGGGUCGGGGUGGAGGCGGGGCGGGGAGAGAAUAAACAGAACAAAACGAAAUUACUGUACUAGUUCAGCAUCUAACUUUUUUGUAAAAAAAUAAAAUAAAAAUACGUUUAAAAAAAA